AUGGCUCUAGGAGAUUGUUACUGUCCCGGAGAGUUGGACGUGUUGCACGAAGACCGGAACAGAUCACAAACAACUAUUUGCUUGCCAUCACCAUCAACGGAUCGAGUGUCAACCUACCUGCCCAAGGUAGGACCCAAGGCUCUGGAAGAGUCUAACCAGGAUCCAUUCUACCUGGAGAAGUCGCUGGCUGCGACACCAAUCUGGGACCAACAUACACCGACAAUCCGCGAUGAUAGAUUCAGUGGUGACAAUAGCCAAUAUUACACCCUUUCUUUGACCAACGGGAAUUACAAUUCGAAUCAUCAACAGGAUUCAUCACAAUACACUGGCCCAGAUCGAUCUACCCUUGCUCAAAUCCAAUUGGAGAAUACCUUACGGUUCCACCGAUACACAUCCUCGACUGAAGAAGAAGAACGACGACCCCUACACAGCAGCCAGGAGUCGUUCAGCUCAGUGCAGACCGACGCUACUGUGCCAGAUUUGACACCGAGCAGCUCGUUCUCAUCUACCUAUUCUUCCCCUCCUUGCCCUGACGCCGUUAUCAAGGCCACCGAGAAGCUCUACCAACACGCCCACCAGGUUCAGAUCGAGCCUCGUCGCGCCUACAACCAGCAAGCAACGGCGCCUCCAAAAUACUCUCUGCCACCUCCCCCCCAGUGGCUGCGCUCGCCCCGAUAA